UGUAAACAGAAGUUAGACAAGCCAGUUUUUUAAGCACUUAGUUGAUGCCUUCUGAGAUGCCUAAACUGAGCAGGUAGGAGCCUUGUAUCUUCCUCAAGGGGACUUUAGCAGGACACAUGGAUGUGGACCAGCACACUGUCUGCCUUACUGCCCAUGUGGGAAAAAGACCAGGCGCUGACACACCUCCAUCAUCUUAAGCAAGGUCGUGGUUUGGACACGUGACUUGGCACAUUCAAAUAUAAAGGCCAGUGUUUGCCCCUGCCAGGUUCACACUGCUGGUCAUAAUGAAGGGGCUGCUCAUAUUUGCUGCACUGGUUGUGGCUGUUCUUGGCAAGAAGACAUUUGAGGGGCACCAGGUGCUUCGCAUUGUUCCAAAGGAUGAUGUCCAGCUAUCUCUUAUCAAGGACCUAGAGGACAUAAUUGAGUUUGAGCUGGACUUCUGGAGAGGCGUGACUGAUGUGGCCAUUCCCGUGGAUGUCAGAGUUCCCAUCCACAACCUGCAGUCUGUCAAAAUUUACCUGGAGACUCAGGACAUCGAGUACUCCAUAAUGAUUGAAGACCUGCAGGUGCUGCUGGAAGAGGAGCAGAUGUCGAUGGCUACUCGUGUCACUGAGCCCAGAAACACUGACAACUUUGACUUCUCCAGGUAUCACACCAUCAGUGAGAUCUACAGCUUCCAGGACAUGCUGGUGGCUGAGAAUCCCAACCUGGUCAGCAAGAUAGUGAUCGGUCAGAGCUACGAGGGCCGUCCUCUGAAUGUGCUCAAGUUCAGCACCGGUGGAACCAACCGUCCCGCCAUCUGGAUCGACACUGGGAUCCACUCCAGAGAGUGGGUCACUCAGGCCAGCGGCACCUGGUUUGCCAAGAAGAUAGUGACUGAAUAUGGACAAGACCCCGCUCUGACUGCCAUCCUCAACAAUAUAGACAUCUUCCUGGAGAUUGUGACCAACCCUGAUGGUUUCGCCUACACCCACACCAGCAACCGAAUGUGGCGUAAGACCAGGAAGCCCAACCCUGGCUCGAGCUGUGCCGGAGUCGACCCUAACAGAAACUGGGAUGCUGGUUUUGGAGGACCCGGUGCCAGCAGCAGUCCCUGCUCUGAGACCUACCGUGGACCCAAGGCUCACUCCGAGUCUGAGGUCAAGUCCAUUGUGGACUUUGUGAAGUCCCAUGGCAACUUCAAGGCCUUCAUCUCUAUUCAUUCCUACUCUCAGAUGCUCAUGUACCCUUAUGGCUACACCAGCACUCCAGUCAAGGACCAGGCCGAGCUGCACAGUCUGGCUAAACAGGCCAUCACUGACCUGGCUUCCCUGUACGGUACUAGCUACAGAUAUGGCAGCAUCAUCAACACAAUCUACCAAGCCAGUGGUGGCACCAUUGACUGGACCUACAACCAGGGCAUCAAGUACUCCUACACCUUCGAGCUGAGAGACAACGGCCGCUACGGCUUCAUCCUGCCAGCCAGUCAGAUCAUCCCCACCGCUGAGGAGACUUGGCGCGCUCUGAUGACCAUCAUGACUCACACACUGAAGAACCCAUACUAA